UGCUAGCCUGACCCGACCAUUGGCUGUCCCGACUGCCGAGAGAGGCAGGCAGUGGCGACAGGGAAGCACCGGGAACGACGGCCCUUCUGUUGGAAAUAACGAAGGAACCCGAGAAACUUUGACAGAAACGAGGAGAAUACGAGUUUUUCUAACCUAUGGUUUGGAUUUUCCAGACGGAAGAAGAGCUCGCUAACGUUAAAUGUUAGCUUGAAGUUUCCUCGUCAAGCCGUGAUGAUGUGGUGACGCGGCUCAACACAAAACGACGGGAAGCUAACGUUAGCCGGAGCGCUAACGUUACCCGAUAGAUUAACCAUUACACCAGGGGUUUUGGAGAUCUUUUUUCAGUUGUUUGUAGUCUUUUUAUAUGUAAACUAACUUAAGGCAAGAUAUUUAAACAUGUUGUCUAUUUUUGACCGAAAUAGAGUAUAUACUUUGUGAACUAACUUGGUAUAUGAAAGUAGCAGGCGAUAGCUACCUAGCAGGCUAGUAGCUAACCGUUAGCUAGCGUAGCUGUGUACUUUAAAACUGACUUCAAGCCAAAGAAUUCUGCUUCAAAUUAGCUAACGUUAGCAAGUAGUGGGCUACAAGCUGUUUCCACGUCAGCUAACUGUGUAAUCACCUGGCUGCUUGUUAGGAAUGGUUAUUUGCUAUGAGUUUGAAGUUGAAUUGACGAAGAUGGCGAUUGGUUUGUUUUGAAAAGCAAAGAUAUCCACUUUUCCGAAUCUAGCUAUGCAAUCAUCGAAUCACCAGCUUACUUAAUGCUAGCGUGCUAACGUUAGCCGGCUAAACUUGGAAUACUGCCCUCCUUGCUCACUUGAUGUGGGUCUAGCUUCGAGGCCUUUUGGAAAUUCCUCCCUUUAUUGCUGAAAAGACCCCUUUUUCACAGCCUUAAUGGAUUCCAGCGCCCGAGUGGAUUUGAAUAUGUUUUGAAUGACUGGAUGUUUGUGAAACAGGAUCCAUCGCAAUAUUUUAUCAUCGGAGAACCUGGCGUUCGUCGACUUUUAUCUGGCACUACAAAAUAAAGUGGACACUAGCUACAGUGGAAUUUGAACUACUUUGCAAAGAUGAUGUGUGAGGUCAUGCCCACCAUAAGCGAGGCAGAGGGACCUGGUGGUGGAGGUGGUGGUGGCCGAGGCUCUGGCUCCCCGCUGCAGUCGGACUCAGAGGGACACUUUGAGUCGCUGAUGGUGUCCAUGUUGGAGGAGAGGGACCGUCUUCUUGACACCCUGAGAGAGACCCAGGAGAACCUGGGCCUGACCCAGGGCAAGCUGCAUGAAGUCAGUCAUGAAAGGGACUCGCUGCAGAGGCAGCUCAACACUGCUCUGCCACAGGAGUUUGCUGCACUGACGAAGGAGGUGAACGCAUGUCGGGAGCAGCUACUGGAGAAGGAGGAGGAGAUUGCUGAGCUGAAGGCUGAGAGGAACAACACACGGCUCCUUUUGGAGCACUUGGAGUGCCUGGUGUCUCGACACGAGCGCAGUCUGAGGAUGACCGUGGUGAAGAGACAAGCCCAGUCACCAGCAGGCGUCUCCAGUGAGGUCGAGGUUCUCAAAGCCCUCAAGUCCCUUUUUGAACACCACAAAGCCCUUGAUGAGAAGGUAAGGGAGAGACUUCGUGUGGCCUUGGAAAGAUGUAGCGCGCUGGAAGAACAGCUCACCAUCUCACAUAAAGAACUAGCUUACCUCAGGGAGCAAAACUGCCAGAAAAAAGGGCUGACAGAUGGAACCAACGAGCUCAACCACAACUCUGACAACACACCAAGCACUAAUGGCAAGCGGUCAUCAGAUGGCUCGCUGAGUCAGGAGGAGGAAUUGGGGUCUGGGCCGGGGAAGGUGGGUGAGCUGCAGGACAUGGUGGAGCGCCAGACAGCUGACCUGGGCCAGAUGAAGGAGCGCAUGGCUGCUAUGGUAUCACGGAUAAGUGAGCUAGAGGAAGACCUGGACACGGCCCGAAAAGAUCUCAUCAAGUCUGAAGACAUGAACACACGACUACAGAGAGACCUGAGAGAGUCAAUGGCUCAGAAGGAAGACAUGGAAGAGAGGAUCACCACCCUGGAGAAGCGUUACCUGGCAGCUCAGCGGGAGGCCACCUCCGUCCACGACCUCAAUGACAAGCUGGAGAAUGAAGUGGCUAACAAGGAGUCCCUUUUCAGACAAACUGAGGACAGAAACCGGCAGCUUCAGGAGAAGCUGGAGCUGGCUGAGCAGAAGCUGCAGCAGACUAUCCGCAAAGCAGAGACGCUGCCAGAGGUGGAAGCAGAGCUAGCACAAAGGGUAGCAGCCCUCACAAAGGCAGAAGAGCGCCAUGGCAACGUGGAGGAGAGACUUAGGCAGAUGGAGGCUCAGCUGGAGGAGAAGCACCAGGAACUUCUCAGGGCCCGGCAGCGGGAGAAAAUGAACGAGGAGCAUAACAAGCGUCUGUCUGAGACGGUUGAUAAACUCCUGUCCGAGUCCAAUGAGAGACUCCAGCUCCACCUCAAAGAGAGGAUGUCUGCCCUGGAGGAUAAGAACGCCUUGAUCAGAGAACUGGAACAUACCAAGAAGCUGAUUGAGGAGUCACACCAUGAGAAGGAGCAGCUCCUGAUCCAGAUUGAGACCAUGAGGGCAGAGACCGAGCAGGGCAGGAGCAGGAGUAACUCCUUACUACAUGGACGGUCUCACCUGGGCAGCACUCCAGAUUUCAGGUACCCAGUGUCAGCCUCCUCCAUGGUGGACAGCAACUCAGAUCACUAUGGCGGUGCUCUGGUGCUGAGGCGGCCACAGAAGGGCCGAGUGGCAGCACUCCGGGACGAGCCAUCCAAGCGACAUGUGCAGACUUUGAAUGAGCAAGAGUGGGAGCGUGUUCAGCAGGCCAACGUGCUGGCCAAUGUAGCACAGGCCUUUGAAAGCGACAUGGAGGCCUCAGACCUGGAGGAGGACCGCGAGACGAUUUUCAGCUCGGUGGACCUGUUGUCUCCUGGUGGCCAGGCCGAUGCACAGACCCUGGCCUUAAUGCUGCAGGAGCAGCUGGAUGCCAUCAACAAUGAAAUCAGAAUGAUUCAAGAGGAGAAGGAGAGCACAGCCAUGCGGGCGGAGGAGAUCGAGUGCCGGGUGGGCAGCGGCGACAGCCUCGGAGGACGUUUCCGCUCCAUGAGCUCCCUCCCCCCGUCGCUGUGUCCGGGCUCCUCCUUGGGGGGCUCGCCACCAGGCUCUGGCAGCUCUACCCCCAGACGUAUCCCCCGUAGCCCCAACAGAGAGCUGGACCGCAUGGGCGUCAUGACCCUGCCUAGUGACCUGCGCAAGCACCGCAGGAAGUCUGCUCAGGAUGACAAGGCCACUAUCCGGUGUGAGACAUCACCCCCCACCACUCCACGCUCCAUGCGCCUAAACAAGACAGCAGGACACGCUGCCAGCCAUGAGGACAUUCGAGACCUGCGUGGUCUGGCUGGUCUGCAGGACGGCCAAGGCAGUAACCCAAGCAGCAGUAACAGCAGCCAGGAUUCUCUUAACAAAGCAGCCAAGAAGAAGAGCAUCAAGUCUUCCAUCGGACGCCUCUUUGGUAAAAAGGAGAAGGGCCGACCCAGCAUCCCAGGGAAGGACUCCCCCAGCCAAGCUGGCACUCCUGAGGCAGAGAGCUCUCCCAAGGAUGGCAUGGGAAUGGGCACACUGGGAGGCCCUGCAGAAAAGAGCAGGAAGCUACAAAAGAAUCCAAAGACAGGGCAUGAAUUGCUGGAAGAGGCUCGCAGGCAGGGCCUGCCAUUUGCCCAGUGGGAUGGCCCCACCGUUGUGGUCUGGCUGGAGCUGUGGGUGGGCAUGCCAGCCUGGUAUGUGGCAGCGUGCCGUGCCAAUGUGAAGAGUGGAGCCAUCAUGUCAGCGCUAUCAGACACAGAGAUCCAGAGGGAGAUUGGCAUCAGUAACCCACUGCAUCGUCUGAAACUCCGUUUGGCUAUCCAAGAGAUCAUGUCUCUCACCAGCCCCUCUGCCCCUCCCACUUCCAGAACGUCCACGGGAAACGUUUGGGUCACGCACGAAGAAAUGGAAAGUUUGGCAGCCACGCCCCCCACGGAGGAUGACGAGGGUAGCUGGGCUCAGACGCUGGCAUAUGGAGACAUGAACCACGAGUGGAUUGGUAAUGAGUGGCUGCCCAGCCUGGGCCUGCCCCAGUACCGCUCCUACUUCAUGGAGUCCCUGGUGGACGCCCGCAUGCUCGACCAUCUCACCAAGAAGGACCUUAGGGGACAGCUCAAAAUGGUGGACAGCUUCCAUAGAAACAGUUUUCAGUGUGGAGUAAUGUGUCUGAGGAGACUCAACUAUGACAGGAAGGAGCUGGAGAGGAGGAGGGAAGACGCUCAGCUGGAGCUCCAAGACGUGCUGGUGUGGAGUAACGAGAGGGUGAUCAGCUGGGUUCAGGCCAUCGGGCUGAAGGAGUACAGUAGCAACCUUUACGAGAGCGGAGUCCACGGAGCGCUGCUCGCCCUUGACGAAACCUUCGAUCACAACGCUCUGGCCCUGCUGCUGCAGAUCCCCACGCAGAAUACACAGGCCCGAGCAACUCUGGAGCGUGAAUACAACAGCCUGCUUGCCAUUGGCACCGACAGGAGAAUGGAAGAGGAUGAGGAUAAGAACUUCCGCCGGGCCCCGUCAUGGAGAAAAAAGUUCAGGCCCAAAGACAUGAGGGGGAUGUCCUUGGGUUCAUCAGACACCCUGCCCGCCAACUUCCGAGUGACCAAUAGCAGCGCAGCGUCUCCCUCCACGCAGCCAAAGAGGAGCCCCAUGGACGGGAGUCAGUCUAUACAGAGGCUGGACACUGCCACAGUCAGGACCUACUCUUGUUAACACACAACCCAACACAACGUUUAUCCUCAUUAUUUCUAUAGGUAACCGCUGGUCAGAAGAUGAAGGGGAGUUCCCUGCAUUCAAGACCAGGAUGAUGAACUGAUUUAACCUGCAAGGACACUAUUUUCUUUUUGUUUUGUUUUUUGUUUUUUGUUUUUUUCCAUCACAGAGAGACAUUAGUCACCAAUCUUAUCCCUAGAGGACACAUUCUAGAUUUAUCUGCAUUUGUUAUAUAUAUAUUUAUGUAAACCAAUGGGACAUUUCAUUUAUUUUAGAAUUACCAUGUAAUCUAUUUUGCCUCCAUUCCCCUUAAUCAACACCCCCUUUUUUUGAAAACGUUUUUCCCCCCACUGUGCCCUUAUGAAGCUUAACUCUCUCAGAUGUAACUGAAUGUUUCAACUGUCUGGAGUUUGUAUAUUUCUAUCAACAGGCAUUUUAUCUAAUCUUUUUUAUAAUCCUGAUCCUAUUGACCAGAUGUAUGUUUUAUUUCCUCUCUUUGAUUUGAAUUCUAAUCAUUGAAUUUAUGCUAAAGUGACUUUGAUAUGUGAUAUAACUUAAUUCUAUAUCCUUUUUCCCUUUUUAACUGUUGUAAUUUUUUUAGCUUAUCACUUGUGAAUAUUUGUAAAUGCAGCCUUUUUUUUUUUUUUUUGUUUUUUGUUUUUUUUUGUUUGUUUGUUUGUUUGUUUGGUCAAUGGAUUUGUGAAUAUCAGACAAAAUUGCUGGAGUCGUCGGACUGUUUCACAAACCCGCUCAACACUGUGGUUGAUCCAUCACCGGGAAAGUACCUGCUGGCAAGCCAGGCGCUGGUGACAACAGAUAUCAUGUGAAACGGUUAAUUUCCUUUUCUCUUCUUCUUCUUCUUCUUUGUCUUCUUCUCCUUGUUCUUCUUCCUUUAUGUUUAUUUUUCAUAUCUGCGAUACCAAAAUUAAACUCUUGAAUAAACGCAAAGAAAAGCCAUAUAACAGUAGCAGAAAAAAAAGAAAAAGAAAAAAAAAUAAGAAGAAGAGGGCUACUUUCGGAUGCAAGCGAAAACAGAAUUCCAGGUUCUCACUAGUUGACCUUGCAUGUGGAAACCUUUCCACUUGACUCCCCACACCCCCUCCCCCUCCCAGACCAGCCCUUUAAAAACACUAACCCCACCUCCUCCUCCUCCUCUGGAGACACACAGGACGGCUCAGACGUACGCGAGGAACCUCAAACGUACAGAUGAGUUCAAAAUGUGGCGGCUCUCCUUCGAUGGACCAACUUCACUGCGGCCUCAAUCGAUCCCCGCUCUGACUCGAUAUCCCUCAAGGCGGCGUGAUCCACCCACAAACCUUUGUUGUUGUUUUUUUUAAAAAAAGUAAACACUUUGUACGAAGACUUCAUAUCAAGCCUUAUCGUUUCUUCUUAACUCCUUACUGUCCUUUUUUUUUCCUUAUUUAUUAUUAUUCAUUCACUUUGUGUGUGUUGUCAGUUUUAUUUUCUAGAAACCACAAUUUGUUCCUUUAUAUGUGGCAAAGCUGUUCGUGUUUUAAGUUUUCCUUCUCGCCUGCGCUCCAAACACAGGUUCCACCAUUGGUUUUCAUGGCAAAUGACAUGGAACUGAAGACGUUUCCUUCACCCUACAUGUACUGCGUAUAAUAGUCAUGUUAUCUUUUUUUUCUGUCUUUGUGAUUUAGUCAUUUAUGCACAAUGCAAAUCAUGUUGCUGUUAUUUUCCCCUCCCUCCGCUUUCAUUGAGAAGUUCUCCUGAUCUUGUAACAAAAUGAUGUACAGUCUGAGUACUUAUGAACUAUUUUUAUCACAGUAUUAUUUAUUGCUUACUUUCAAUAAAAUACUGAAACUUAUUUUCCACCGCAAAUAAAAAAAAACUAAGUCUU